AUGCGGCCAACACCUUCCCAGCGUCGACGUUCGGCGGCAGCGGCAGCGGCAGCCGCGGCCGCCACCGAUAGUGCUGGUACGCAGGCGAGCCCCAACUCAGCCACUACGGCGUCCGCAUACAAGCGCCAACUGGGCCAUCCUACGCAGCAGCGCAAGAGGAAUGGUCUAGGCCCGCUACAAGCUUUUCAGACUCCAUCGGGAUCCAAGACUCCCUUGCUGGUGGUGCUGUGUUUGCUGCUGCUCAUGCGCAUAGCAAGUCGGGCAUGGGCUGCAGAGGAUGAGCAUACAGCCGCACAUGCUAUCCAGCAGCAGCAGCAGCAGCAGCAGCGAGGCUGGCAGUCGGACUCGCGCAACGCAAAAGCGGCGGCACUGCUCUUCAAUUCUCCAGCGUAUCGCGGUCAGCCUGGUGGUCUGUUGCACGACGUUCUAGCCGGCCCGAGCGGAGGCAUGCUCAAGGUGCAGCAUCCCAGCUCAUCCGCAAAGACGAGCGGCAAGUCUAUCGCGGCAGAAGACGAGAUCUGCAGACCGACAGGGCAGAUCGAGGAUGCGUGCUGCGACUACGAGACGGUGGAGCGACGGAUGAACACUGCGAAAUUCUUUCAGACGUUGCAAGGCUUGGUGGAGACGAGGUACUUUAGGUAUUACAAGGUGGAUCUGUUCAAAGACUGUCCAUUUUGGUACGAGAAUGGUCUGUGCAUGAAUAGAGCUUGCGCAGUGGAAAAGGCGGAAGAGGUGAGUGUCGCUGCAGGGGCCACACAUGCACGCUGCACUUCCCUUAACACAGCGCGCACUCAAUCGCUGACGAGCUAGCUCACUCUUCAGGACGAGGUACCAGACCAGUAUAGAGUGUCUCACCUGUCCUCACUCUCCACUGCCGAUCACGCCGAGGUCUUUCCACCCGCGGUGCAGGGCGAGGAUGACUUCCGCAGUGAAGCCAGCUGCUCUUGCCGCGAGACGGACUUUUGUCACUGGGAAGAUGAGGAAGAAUCUCCAGAAGCAUCUUGGGUAGAUCUCGUCAAGAAUCCCGAAAGGUUUACGGGCUAUGCUGGAAAGUCGGCCCAGCGCGUUUGGCGCUCCAUCUACGAAGAGAAUUGCUUUGGCGCCCCAGGGGCAGGAGCCGCCUUGUUGCCCUCGUCAUCGUUGGGCUACGUGAGCAAGAGUCAGCUCAGCUCUUCUGCAGGGCUGCCCACUUUGAUGAGUAAUUUGGCUUCUCCACCAGAUGCAGGAGCGUCAGAGCAGUGUCUAGAAAAGAGGGUCUUUUAUCGCAUCAUCAGUGGUCUGCACGCCAGCAUCAACAUUCACCUGUGCCACGACUACUUGCUGGACAACAAGCAGUGGGGGCCCAAUCUGGAAUGCUUCGUCACUCGCAUCGCACAACAUCCCGAACGGCUGCAAAACGUAUACUUUAAUUACGUCCUGCUGCUCCGUGCUCUUGCCAGAGCAGGCGAUUACGUCGACGCCUUUGUGCUGCGGCCGGGCGACGCGAUCGCCGAGCUCGAAACGCGCACACUCCUGUCCAGCGUUGUCUCGCAAGCCAGAUCAUGUCCGCCGAGCUUUGACGAGGGAACAAUGUUUGCGGGACCGGAUGCCAAAGAUCUCAAAGUGGAGUUCAAGGAGAGGUUUAGGAACGUGUCGAGAAUCAUGGAUUGCGUGGGCUGCGACAAGUGCAGGUUGUGGGGUAAAUUGCAGGUCAAUGGCAUUGGCACCGCUUUAAAGAUCUUGUUUGGCCACGAUCGCAGCGAUUUCGAGUUAGUAGGGAUGCGCAGCGCCCACAGUGUCCGAGCAGCGUCUUUUGCUAACAUUUGCAUUCAGUCCCGCACGCAAUCCCGAGCUUUUGGCCAGGAGCGAACUCGUCGCCCUGAUCAACACUGUACACCGCUUCGCAGAGAGCGUAAGUGGUGGGGCGCGGCUGCUUAGCAGCGCUUUGGCUGACACACUUGCCUCGGCUUGUAGCUGCGAGCUGUAGCGACAUUCAGAGACAUGUAUCAGGACCAACUUUCGGCGGACAAGAGCGCCGACUCGGUCCAGCAAGCUUCAAGGGCCGAAUCGCCGGCGGAGCAAGCCCAAGGUCUGAGCACUGGGCACAUGAACGUCCCUCAAGAGCCCUCCGAUGCCCCAUCUUCGAGCUUCGGAUCAGAAGCGCCUCAGUUCCCGCGGGCACCUCGCUCGAGCUGGACCGCAACUGGCAAUCACACCAAAGCAGACAUUCAGCGGGAUGGCUUCAACGUGUUCGAAAAAGCGCUACAAGCAUGCGAAGCAUCCUGGGCUUUGUGCGUCGCUUGGUUGGCAAACGCCUGGCAGAGGGUCUUGGCUGUCAAGGAUGUCGUGGUGACCCCCUACGCCGCAUUCGGACCGAGAUCCGGUCCAGCUGGAAAGCAGGACGAGUUGUAG